AUGGAUUUCAGCACAAACAAUCAACCCUGCCCGCUCCCCCACGCCUGUUGUGAGCAAGCAAUGGAGAAUCAGGCAGCAUGGCCUGCCAUGGCCACCUGCCAGCUUCCCACCUGCUCCCGCCUGGGUGUGGCAUUCAUGGAGAUCUUGGGGACAGGCAUGAUGCCUGCCACACGGCCCAGACAGUACAUGGCCAAGGAGCAUCAGCAGAACACCAGACCCUGCAGCCUAAUGGGCAGCCUGGGCUUGCACCCUUCCCAACACGGGCGAAACCAGUGUAGACUAGCAGGUCCCUCACUGUGCCUGGACUAUCUAGGCAUGGGUGCUGCCUGGCAUGGCGGCAGCCUGGACAACCCCAGCCAAGUGUUGAGGCCCAUGACGAGCCACUGUUCACCUGGCAUCGAGCUGGCAAAUCCCAGGAUCCUCAUCAAGGCGGGCACCUGGACCAUCAAACAUGCUUGGGAACGUUUCCAGUAG